AUGAAUCACCCUGAAUUCAAUAAAAUUUGGAAAUCAGCUCAUUUGGCAACAAAAGUUCCAGAAGACGGCGAUCUCUUUAAUCAAUUCAAAAAUCAAUUAGAGCCGCUCUGGAAGCAGUACGAAGUCGACGGUAAAUUAGAUUUUGUUAGUACAGCACGACGAUUAUUUGAUGAAGAUGUGAAGGUUUUCGAAUUGAUCAAAGACCAUCUGUUAGAAAAAGAUUUUAUAAAUUUCAAGAAUGAUUUCAUAAACAAUGAUAAAAUUAAAGAAAUUUCUCAAGUCAGAAAAGCUGAUCUUGUUGAUCCUUUAUACGACGAAUUUAAAAGUGAGAUCAACAAUUUGCUUCAAUCAGAAGACGUUUUAUCAAAAUUCGAUCAAACAAAUUCUGAAUCGUUUGUGUUAACGCUUUUCAACAGCAAUGAUCAAAAUAUUUCAGUUACUGCUUAUAAUUUUCUCAAAGAUAUUCUCACUGGUAAAAAGAUCAAACAGCUCAUCGAAAAAAUUCAGUUAAAUGAAAAGUUAAAAACGAUUUGGCAUUCCAAAUUAUCGAGACAGUCCGCUCACACCUUUAGCAGUACAGUGAAUAAUAAACCACCAGCGCCAAUUGACGUUAAAGCUCAAGACGAGGACAUCUUUUAUCAAUUCAAAAUCGAAUUAUCAUCGCUCUGGGAAAAGUACAAAGUCGAUGAUGAAUUAGAUUUUAUCAGCACAGCUGAAAGAUUAUUCAAUGAAGAUAUGGAGGCUUUAGAAUCAAUCAAAGACUAUUUGAUAGAAAUAGAUUUUACUAAUUUCAAAAAUGAUUUCAUGAAUAAUGAGAAAAUUCCCCCCAGCCCAGAUCCGGGGCUACAACUUGACAGAGUUGAACACGUUGAUCCUCUACAUGACGAAUUUAAAAGUGAGAUCAUCAAAUUGCUUGAACCAUUAGAUUUUUUAUCAAAAGUUGACAAAACAAAAUGUAAAUCAUUUAUAUUAACACUUUUUGAAAACAAUAAUGAGAAUAUUUCUGAUAUUGUUAAUGAUUUUUUCGAAAAUAUUCUGGUUGGUAUAAAAAUGAAACGACUCAUCCAAAAUAUUCAAGCAAAUGAAAAGAUAAAAACAAUCUGGAGUUCAAAUUUAUCAACAAAAUCAAAUAAUACUAAAUCAUCAGAGUCCGUUGACGUUACAAUGAAAACUAUAUUGAGUAAAUAUAAUUUUACUACUACUGAUAUAGAUAAGAUAGUCUUACAAUUAAGAUCAAAUUUUCCAGAAGGACUCCAGUUAAUAGAAGAUGAACUUACACCGAAUGAUUAUAAAACAGUAAAAUCAGAAUUAGUUGCUAAUGAAAAUGUUAGAAAUAUAACUGUUAAUACAGAAAAUAUUGUUACUUUAUCAUCUAAAGAUAAACAGUAUGCAGAAUUAAUAUAA